AUGUCGAACGCAAGCAACAGCGGCGCAGAGGACGGCGGUAAGAGAAAGCGGCCUAGGACCCAGUCCUGCCCUCCCCCCGAGCUCCCCCAACUCGUCGCGGAACAACAUGUGCCUGUCGCUCCUGGCGAUCAGGACACCAAGCGCCUAAUUGUCGUGCUAUCCAACGCAAGUUUGGAGACAUAUCGAUCUUCGCAUGGUGGGCGCAAUGGUCGCGAGGAGAAAUACUCUCUCCUCAACAGUGAUGAGCAUAUUGGAGUAAUGCGCAAAAUGAACCGGGAUAUUAGCGAUGCUCGCCCCGAUAUCACUCAUCAGUGCCUGCUUACCCUGCUCGACUCGCCUAUCAACAAAGCCGGACGACUCCAGAUCUAUAUCCAUACAGCCAAAGGCGUGCUCAUUGAAGUCAGCCCCACCGUCCGAAUUCCUCGUACCUUUAAACGAUUUGCCGGCUUGAUGGUGCAACUACUCCAUCGACUUUCCAUCCGCUCUACCAACUCACAAGAAAAGUUGCUCAAGGUCAUUAAGAACCCUAUCACGGACCAUUUGCCGCCUAAUUGCCGCAAAGUCACUCUGAGUUUCGAAGCUCCUGUCGUGCGAGUCAAUGAAUACAUUGGUUCUCUUGGUCCCAAAGAAAGCAUUUGUGUCUUUGUUGGCGCCAUGGCCAAAGGCCGCGAUGAUUUCGCGGACGCAUUCAAAGAUGAUGCAAUCGCUAUUAGCAAUUACAGUCUCAGUGCCAGUGUGGCUUGCAGCAAAUUCUGCCACGCCGCUGAAGAUGUCUGGGAUAUUAUCUAG